AAACCACAGACAACUUCAUGUUUAUGCUGUUAAGGACAAAAAUAAACUUUCAUUAUCAGUGAUUUGAAUGGUUGCCGAAAUGAAUGGACCAGGACGGCCGGUCGGCCGGACCAUCCUCCAGGUUAUACAGCCUGUGCCAGCCCCCACCUUCUCUCUCUUGCACACAGCCACACAACCAUAGGAACAUGUGAGGGAUGCGCGUCAGUGUUCUAGAAUGCGCCCUUGAGCAGUCUCGGCGACGGAUGUGUAUCGAGCUGUUUCUCCCUCCUCUACCAUCGGUGGAACAGGACCCGUUCCCGUAUCUGCCCGGUUUCGGAAUCCGCUGCUACCCCUCCCAUGAUCAGCCUUUUGCACAGCCGCAGUCGGUAGUUAUGUUCGUGAAGAGAGUACAGCGCCGCUGUUGCUCUUGAGUCCCUCACAAAGAAACGGUCACCGGCCUCGAAUUUCCCGUGCGGCUUUCUGUCAGUGCUGCACCUGCCACCGUCUUUUUCCAUAACAUGGAAAUACAUCAAGGUCGGCAGCACAUCUAAACAGACACCUCUACUCCAAGAAUCAAGGUAGGGUAUGGCUACGGAUGGUGAUGAAUAAUAACCCCUGAAUGAAUGAAGUCGCCUAUUUUAGAGAACAAGUGCUAUGCUAGGAACAGAAGUAAUGUUUUGUGACAGCCAUUGUUUUGUGCACACAUGUUGUCGUUGUAAGCACAAAAAGUGAAUAUGAACGGGCUGCAAUGGACGCUAUGGUGCAGAAAGUGUAGGUUUGUUGCGUUAUUUCGAGCAUCCGCGGGCUGCAGAGCGGUUCGCGGGAAGGCGGCAUGCACCGCCUCUCAUGGUGAUACGAGAUAUUACUGAUACGCGAAAUGAUACCACCCUAGAGUAAAAAAGAAAUGUAUGGAGAUAAGAGCGCUUUAUUCUUUCGACGCAGAAAUAGACUAGGCUUAUUUUGGUGCAGAUAUUACACUGGCAACAUUUACUCUAAUAUGGCUAAGGCCUGUCAACAAUAACUGCUGGACCAGAUAGGCCAAACACAUAUUAAAAAUGGAACCUACUAGGCCACUGUGAAAGUAGUGUUUGUGAAAAUGCAUCGCAAUAAAGAGAUGUCUGGCUAGUUUCCCAUUAGGUUGUUAUAGUAGUCUCUAUGAGUAAGUGUUUGUAAUUGUAUAUAACUGUUGUGUUGUCUGCUGUUUCAGACGGGAGGCACAAUGAGUGAGCAGGCGCCGGUCACCCCCAGCUGGUUUGGCCCAGACUCCACCUGGGCCAGCGGAGGGGGUGGCAUGGAGAACGUCACCAUGGUGGCGUUUCCUUCGGCGCCCGUGCUCCCACCUGGGUACCCGCCCGGGGUGCCAUCGUCGGAGCUGCUCGUGAACCCAUGGGACAUCGUGCUGUGUUCCUCAGGAACGCUAAUCGCCUGUGAGAACGCCCUCGUUGUUCUGGUGAUCUGGCAGAACCCGGCGCUCCGUGCCCCCAUGUUCCUGCUCAUCGGUAGCCUGGCUCUGGCGGACCUGCUGGCCGGACUGGGCCUGGUUCUGCACUUUACCUUUGCCUACCUGCUCCGGUCAGACUCUGCCCAGUUGCUCACUGUGGGCCUGGUGGUGGCCUCCUUCUCCGCCUCGGUCUUCAGCUUGCUGGCCAUUACCAUCGACCGUUACCUGUCGCUGUACUACGCCUUGACCUACAACUCGGAGAGGACGGCCGCCUUCACCUACACCAUGCUAGUUCUCCUGUGGGGCUUGUCACUGUGCCUGGGCCUGCUGCCCGUCACGGGUGUCAACUGCCUGGGCGAAGAGUCCACCUGCAGCGUGGUGCGGCCACUGACCAAGAACAACGUGGCGGUGCUCUCUGUCUCUUUCCUCCUGCUGUUCGGACUCAUGUUGCAGCUGUACGUGCAGAUAUGCAAGAUAGUCAUGCGUCAUGCCCACCAGAUCGCCCUACAGCAUCACUUCCUGGCCGCUACACCUCAC